AUGGCUUUCCAAGACCACAAGACAGCCUCAGGCUCCGAUGUCUCCUCUGCGCAUGGCGAGCCAGAUGGCAUGGGCCAGUCCUUCCCCGUCAAGCGCACUCGCUUUUCCCUGGCUGUCAACCAGGAGCCAAGUAGUUUCGCUGCCAAUCCAAACACGUCCAAUGCCGACUUCGAUCCUAUACCUCCAUCGAAGCGCACUUGGCAUACGGGCGCCUAUAUCGCCUACUGGAUGGCCGAUGCUUGGGCCGUCUCUAACUGGGAAGUGGCUUCCUCCAUGAUUGCUGCUGGUCUAAGUUGGAGAAUGGCCAUUGGAGCUUGCGUCCUCGGAAACACGAUUAUGGGUCUGGUCAUCACUAUGAACGGUAGGAUUGGCGCCACGCUUCAUACUCCGUUUCCCAUUCUCGCCCGCAUGCCAUUCGGCUACUACUUCAGCUACUUCGUGGUAGUGUCCCGUUGUGCGCUUGCUAUUAUUUGGCUUGGUGUCCAAACAGUGACCGGCGGCCAAUGCAUGGAAGUGUUGCUUACCGCGAUAUGGCCAAGCUUCGCCAACAUUCCCAACCAUGUUCCUGAGAGCCAGGGUCUCACGACUGCCGGAUUUGUCGCAUUCUUCCUCUACUUCCUGCUGCAAUUGCCCUUCCUUUGUAUACCCUACACGAAGAUCCAGUAUUUCUUCGGGUUCAAGUCAAUCAUUGCGCCUAUCAUCUUCCUCGCCGUGUUCGGAUCAACUCUGCACAAGGCCGGCGGCACCAUUAGCCGCAGCACUGUCAUAACCGAAGGUACAACUCUCUCAGGCGCGGCGCUUGCUUGGGCCUUCUUUUCCAACCUCAACUCCGUGCUCGGAAACUACGCCACUCUGGGUUUAAACAUUGCCGACUUCUCGAGGUACGCCAGCAAGCCGAGUGCGCAGAAUGUCCAGGCAAUCGUCAUUCCCUUCAUCUUCACAAUCGUUGGUCUACUCGGUAUCUUCACCGCCGCAGCGUCUGAGACAGCCUAUGGCAAGAUCAUCUGGAACCCGAUUGAGAUCAUCCAUGACUGGAUGGCAUCUGGCUCUCACGCCGGUCGAGCUGCUGCUGCAUUUGGCGCUAUUGGGUUGCUCAUCGUCACCCUCGGUAUCAACAUCUCCGCCAAUUCCAUCAGCGCAGCCAACGACCUGGUCUCCUUCUGCCCCAAGUACAUCAACAUCCGUCGUGGUCAAAUCCUUGCGGCUGUUAUUGGUGCCUGGGCGUGUGUUCCAUGGAAAAUUCUUGCAUCAGCUCAGAAGUUCCUUGCGUUCCUUGGUGGCUACACCAUCUUUCUGGGGCCCAUGACAGCAAUCCUCAUGACAGACUACUACAUCUCACGUCGUGGUAACGUGUCGGUUCCCGACAUGUAUGACUUCAACGGCAUGUACCGCUACUCUGCAAAGUACGCCACCAACUGGCGCAGUGUUGUCGCACUCAUCAUUGGUUUCCUGCCUCCGCUUCCAGGCUUCAUCAACAGCGUGUCACUCAACACGAUCAAUCUCUCUGACGGCGGUAAACACCUCUUCGCCAUCGGCUACAUCUACUCUUUCGUUGCUGCUGGUCUGUUCUAUUGGGGCCUUAUGCGCUGGUUCCCCCACACAGCGAGUCACCUGGACUAUCCAAACACAGGCGAAGACAUCAUUGCCGCCGCGGACGAGAAGCACCUUCUAUCUGGUGAGCGGAAGCCGCAAAAGGGAAUCCGGGAUCUUAUUCGCUCCGUACGCCACCGACAGAGUAACGUCUGA